AUGGCUGGAAAUUACAGAUUUGAAUUGGAUCAGGAAGACAUAGUGAGAUCAUUGAUCACUACAGUGGGAAGUUUUAUUCAAGACAGGCUUAUAAAUAAAGAAGAAAGAAAUCUGCAGAAGGAACAUUGUGCUGAGAGGCUUGCAGCAGAGGAUGGAGGUCCUGAUAAAGAUACCGAAGUUCGGUACUCUGAUCAAGCAGUUCUAGCUAAUCUUGAUUGGGGAAUUGAAGCACUUGAAGAAGCAAUCAGCACAUCAAACCUGGAGACUAAAAUGGCCAGAUUAGAUUACGCCGAAAAGAUGUUACAAGUUUGUGCUAUGCUGAAUACUAGUGAGAAAACUGCAGGCGUUCCAAACUUUUAUUUGUCUGCUUGGGCACAUUUGAAUCUUUCCUACCUGUGGAAGCUGAGAAACAAUGCUCAGAAUGCGGUUCUUCACAUCUUGGACAUGUUUGCUAUUGACCCUUUUUUUUCAAGAAUUGAUUUUGCUCCUGAGCUGUGGAAAUCGUUGUUUCUUCCACAUAUGAGCUCCAUUGUUGGAUGGUAUUCUGAAGGAAGGCAUAGGAUCGUGAUGGAUGUGAUUCCUGAUUCAAAUGACUUGUCUUUCACGGUUGAUUUCGAUCAAUACUUCAACGAAUCGCUUAUCAUGUCCGUCAGGCCUGAUCAAGCUGAAAAAAUGCAAGAACUGGAGAAUCUUUACAGGGAAUCUCUGGAUGAGAACACCAGGCUUUAUGCAAAGUAUUAUCAGGAUUGUAUCAACUAUGAUUCUGCCACAACCAAGAAGGCCAUUCCUAUGCUGCCAAUUGCUGAGCCACCAAUGACUCCUCUGCAUGAGGUUAGCCGUAAGAUUCCUGAUUAUGUAAAAUUUGGGCCGAUAUUGCCCAAGACUGCAGGAUUUUCGCCCGUCUUGAAAGGUCAAGAUGAUACUAGGGAAGCAUCAAGAUCAAAUUUAGCUGCUUCUUGCUCUGAGAACUCAGAUGACUUUCCUGUUUGGGAUGCCACACAAGGAAUUCCUGAGGAAGAAGAAGAGGAGGAAGAAGGAUAUGAUAAUUACGAACCCAAGCCAUUGAUGGCAUCCAAACACAUCAGAAACGUGAAAGCUGCAUCUUCUUACAGCAGCAUUGGAUCAAACAAAGAUGCAGAAGAUAGUCCAAGAAUGUACAAAACUGGAGUCAGGAGUCAAAGCCGAACGCCUGUGGAUUCUCCCAGAAAGAAGGAAUCAUCUCCCAGGAUGACAGCCAAAAAUGUUAGUAGACAGGAAAAAACUACAUCAUUACUGCGAUUAGCCUCGACUCGAACCAAGGAUGCAAUAGUCCCUAUCCAUGCAUCUUUAUCUGACUCUCCAAGCUCAUUUAGGGAUGGUAACAUCAAUUCUGCUGACUUUGAUGAUGAUCUAGAAGAGCAGCAAAGUUUCGGGAGGUUUAGUCGAAGGGACAGUCCACCCAUGGAGAAAAGCUUCUCAAAUGAAAGUGAUGAUGGAAACCAUAGCUGCAUCUCAUUGCCAUUAUCUGAAAAGCAAACUCCUGGAUCCAGGCCACCAAAAGAUUUUGUCUGCCCCAUAACUGGACAGAUAUUCAAUGAUCCUGUCACCCUUGAAACAGGACAGACUUAUGAAAGAAGAGCCAUUCAGGAAUGGAUAGAUAGAGGUAAUGUAACCUGCCCCAUUACCAGGCAACCUCUCUCAGCCACUGAACUUCCGAAAACAAACUAUGUUCUGAAAAGACUAAUUACCUCUUGGAAAGAACAGCAUCCUGGUCUUGAUCAAGAAUUGUCCUAUGCUGAAACCCCAAGAAGUAAUUCAAGCAUUUCUAGCCAUCAAAGUCGAAGGAGAAUGGAAAACGACACAGAAAGUUUACCGCGGAGAUCUAUUAGGCGGGUUGCUUCUGUGUCUACAUCACCAACCAGUGUGUUAUCAGAAGCUGCUGUUGAAACUGUUAUCAAUGCAAUGAGACCUCACAUCUCAUGUCUUUGUGAUUCUGAGAAUCUCCAAGAAUGCGAAGCAGCAGUUUUAACCAUAACUCGGAUAUGGAUUGACUCGAAGGUUGAAUCAGGGAUUCAUGCUUAUAUGUCUUCUCAAACAAUAGUGAAUGGCUUUAUAGAGAUUUUAUCCGCUUCUUUGAACCGGGAAGUCCUAAGAGCAACGAUUUAUAUCCUGUCACAGCUAAUCUGUAGUGAGUAUGAUAGUGUUGGAGACAUUCUCAACAGCAUGGACUCAGAAUUUUUUGAUUGCCUUGCUACUUUACUGAAAAAUGGCCUAGCUGAAGCAGCAAUACUUAUAUACCUACUAAGGCCAUCAUUUUCACAACUAUUUUCACAAAAUCUUAUCCCUUCUCUUAUCCAGUUAAUUUCCAUCAAAAGCGAGGACCGCAAUCGCACUGAUUUUCAAUUUGUAAUAGCGGCUAAAGAUGCUGCACUAGUUUUGCUUGAGCAGAUUAUAACUGGAGGAGAUGAGAGAACCAUUUUGACAAGUACUAUGGAGAUUGUAUCCUCUGGGUCAACUCCUGCCUUCCUGAAAUGCCUAGAUAGGGUAGAUGGAAGACAAUCCUGUGUGUUAAUCCUUUUGUGUUGCAUUCGGGCUGAUCAUGAAUGCAAGAAUCUAGUUGCAACCAGGAUUGAAUUGUCUCCUGUGCUUGAAAUGUUCCAUGCUGGAAAUGACAGCAUCCGAGGGACUUGCAUUGAGUUCAUCUAUGAAUUGGUGCAACUGAACAGGAGAAUAUUAUGCAACCAGAUUCUACAAAAAAUUAAAGAUGAAGGAACAUUUAGCACCAUGCACACGCUACUUGUCUAUUUACAGAUGGCUCCCAUGGAACAGAAACCUGCCACUGCUUCCCUACUUCUACAGUUGGAUCUCCUGGUCGAACCUCGGAAAAUGAGUAUCUACAGAGAAGAGGCAAUUGAGGUAUUAAUAGAAGCACUUCGCAGAAAGGAAUUUCCGGCUUCACAGGUUGCAGCUUUAGAUGUCAUAUCAUCCCUUCCAGGCCAUAUAAGCAAAUCAGGGAAGUCCUCCAUUGAAGCCUGGUUGCUUAAGCUUGCAGGGUUUGAUCAGCCUUAUAACACAUUGGUUAAGGGAGAAAAGAUAACAACUUCAGAGAGUGUUUUCAUUGAAUCUGAAUCUGUGGAGGACGAGCGAAAGGCUGUUAGAGCUUGGGAGAGGAGAAUGGCGUUUGUGAUAUGCAAUCAUGAAAAGGGAUCCAUUUUCAAAGCCCUGGAGGAAUGCUUGAACAACAGCAAUUCUUUAGAGAUAGCAAAAUCCUGUCUUGUCGUUGGGACGUGGCUUGUACAUAUGCUUUUCAAAUUUCCAGACACCGGGACAAGAGAUGUUGCUCGUAAAUGCUUGCUUGAUCAGUUCAUUAAUGUACUACAGUCAUCAAAAAGCCUGGAGGAAAAAAUCCUGGCAACACUUGCUUUGAGAGGAUUUAUCAAUGAUCCAGGUGCACUAAAUGAUAUGGGACCCCAUGCUAAAAACCUGUACAAAACAUUAAGGAAGCUUAAAUGCAACGCCGUAUUGGUUGAUGACUUGCUCAAGGCCUUGAUAAACUUGCCCUCAAUUGAUGCUGCCGAGUUAUGGUGCUAUGUAGAUGGCCCAGAGUUAAAUGCAUCCGUGAAUGGUGAAGUUCUUUCUAUGCUUCAUGUCAGAGGUCGCCUAAUAAGCAGCCAUUCUGAUGGAACAAUCAAUGUGUGGGAUACAGGAAGGAAGAAUCCUCGAUUGAUCCAAGAAGUUCGGCAGCAUACAAAAGCUGUAACUUGUUUAUGCCUUUCACCAUCCGGUACCAAAAUGUUCAGUGGCUCCCUGGACAAAACAAUUCGGAUAUGGGCAAUCAAGCAGGAAGAAAUUCACUGUGUACAAAUCCAUGAUGUUAAAGAACCUGUACUAGGAUUGUCAGCCAAUAGCAGCUUCGCUUGUUUUUUCUCUCAGACAACUGGAGUUAAGGUAUACAGUUGGUCAGGGGCUCCUAAGCAUGUAAACUUCAACAAGAAUGUGAAAUGUGUUUCCUUGCUAGGGGAUAAACUUUAUUGUGGUUGCACCAACUAUAGCCUACAGGAGGUAGACAUUGGAACACUUUCAUCGACUGUAUUUUACGCGGGUACAAGGAAGCUGUUAGGGAAACAGACCAUAUAUUCAGUCGAAAUCAACGGAGGUCUUCUCAUUGCUGGUGGUUCCUCCGUUGAUGGGAUAGCCGGAAAGGUGUUCACUGUCCCAAGCAAAUCAGCCGUUGGAACUCUGUCGACUACUUUUGACAUACAGAAUAUAACGUCCAACAAUGACUUCAUAUUCACGGCUUCAAAAUGCGGGAUAAUUGAAGUGUGGCUGAAAGGACGAGUAACGAAAAUUGGUUGCAUUAGAAUGCCUGGAGGAAACACUACAAAGCUGUUGUCUGUAGCUUCUGAUAUUGAUGGACAAAUGCUUUUUGCCGGUUCCUCCGAAGGCAAAAUACAGGUUUGGCUUCUGAACUGA